UUAAAUAAUGUUAAUCUACCCCUAAACUGAAGCCGGGGCGCCGGUUUGACGAAUAGUUACCCGUAAUAUUGCCGAUUUUUUCACAUAACCUUACAGUUUUCCCGGUCUUUUUGCGGUGUCGUGUGCAAGGAGUUUUCGCACCCUAUUUUUGCAAAAAUAAUUCGAGUCUUUCUUUAUGUUAUCCAGUCCUUUUAGUCAAAAUACGUAAUUUGUUGUUGCACGAAAAGGCAGCUUUAGCUAGUGGUUAGUGUUCGUCUGCAUUUCGGAUGGUAACAAUAAACUUCUCGCCAUUGAAAAGAAUUGUUUAUUUACGUAAAGGUAUGAGUCUUUUUAUUUCCAAAGGUGUAAAUUUACGUAACAUAUCAUGAAAUAUGAAGCGAUUGGUGUCAUCUUGUCUGGCGAGAAGGAAUGUAACCAAUAAUUUGCAGUUUUGGCGCCAAGUAACGUUUUUUUUAACGUCCCUGCUUUGGUUCAUAAAUUUUCGAAGAAUGGCAGAAGACGGCAGUUCGGGAGCUUCCACUAGUAAGGUGCAGCCGUCUUCAUCAAAACGAAAUUUUGACCAAAACACCCCACAUUCAGAAAAACACUCUAUUUAUCCUACCGGCAGGAAGCGAAGUAGAAUGAGUGAGUCUGGCGAUUCAUGGACGCCAAGCGAGAUAAGAGCGACGCCUUUGCCGCUUCUGAGAUGGGCGGAUAGUAAAGAUGUUUGGCAAAUGAUGGUGUAUCGAGAGGAGGCAACGAAACAUAACCGAAUCUGUCGCCUAUUCGAAGAUCCCACCAAUUUCCUACCUCGAAUGAGAGCAAUAUUAAUUGACUGGAUAAUGGAGGUGUGCGAGGCAUAUCACUUGACGAGAACAACAUUUUACUUAGCGGUAGAUUACAUUGACCGUUACUUAACGGUUAAUCCAGCAGUGCCCAAGAAUCAGUUACAGCUGAUAGGGAUUACUGCACUGUUUAUCGCUGCUAAGUUCGAGGAAAUAUAUCCACCCAAGUUGAGUGAAUUUUCGUACGUCUGUGAUGGCGCUUGUUCGUGUGAAGACAUAGUACAAUGCGAAAUAUCGAUCUUAUCUGCAUUGGAGUGGGAUCUCAAUUUUAUGACGCCCACUGGAUGGCUCAAUCUGUACAUGCAGAUCCACUGUUUGAAUGAGAAUACGGGAAAGGAUCCAAAUUUUAACUUUAUGUUUCCGCAAUAUUCGCCGUUUGCGUUUGUUCGCGCGUCAAAUUUAUUGGACCUGUUUACCUUAGAUCCGAACUACCUGCUGUUCAGUUAUAGCGUCAUCGCCGCAGCGGCAGUCUACUUUAUUUAUGGAAGAACAGUGGCGCUCAAAGUUUCAGGCUACCAGUGGAAGCACAUAAAGUGUUGUGUGCAUUUCUUGAGUGUUCACUACAAAGUGUUGGCUGAUCUUCAGGACCCCAGGCUCGAAUCCGUCGUGCAUUACUCUGUGGAUAGUCGACAGCUGGCUCUAUUAGAGGCGCUACAAGCGGCAGUUCCGAAUUUAACGGCGGACGGAUACACCAUCCAAUCCCAUUUGGUCACCAUGACCAAUUUCGAGGAUUCUGUUGUCUUUAGAGUGCAGCUCAUGGGCUUCUCCAUUCGGAAAUUUUACGUUCCCGUCCCUGCGUCUCCGAACGAGGAAGGCGGUACGUCUCCCGGCAGAGACGAUUCAAUCGAAGACGAAGUACCAACCGACGACGAAGAUUUGAAUCCGGAUGAACCUGAGGCGAAUCCGGAUGAAAAUGAGGCUGGCAAUCAGGAACAAGUCAAAAUUGAGAGUGAGCAAACGAACGAUGGCGAUCAAGAACAGCAGCCUACACGGUUGGCACUUAUGUUUGAGGUUAAAAAUAUAGCGCUUCCGAAUCAAGAGGACAGUUGCGAAGAGUAUUUUACUGACGAUAAAAAAUACAAUUUUGACGAGUUGUUAUAUGAAAUAUAUUUAUAUACAAAGAGGCAAAUAGCCAAAGCCGAUAGUGUGAGUUAAGGGGGCAGUUUUUAAUUUAGUGAGUAUUUUAUAAAUUUACUCAUUUGUGUAAGUGUACAAAUGUAGGUAUUUAUGUUAUUUUAUUAGUGUUCAAAAUCAAUUGUAAAUAUUAAGAUCCUUAAGGCUGCUAAAGGCGUAAUUUGCAUUAUUUAACAUGCUUGUUUAACCACAAACAUGUUAAAUUAACCCAAAUUGUGAGCCUAUACCACCUGCAACACAAGGUCUUAGGAUACUUUUUCUUUUACCAAUGGACUGAUAUUUCGCAAUGUACAAAAAACUUAAGGGUCUUCUAGUGAUCACCUCCCUUAAAUUUAUUUCAUCAGUACAGUAGAAAGGGAGCAUUUAAUGUGAUCACUCGUCGCUCAUGAGUUAGGGUUAGGGUUCCUGCGACGAUUUUUUAAUUUGUUUCGUCAUUUGUUUAGUCUACUUAAGUUCUAUUGUGAAACAAUAGGUGUUAGUUUCGUUUCUAAACAAAUUUAGUCUUCUCUUAAGACUGGCCAUAUUGCAUAAGGUUAUUUAUUGAGUAGUUGGGGUCAAGUAGUCAAUAUAAAAUCAAUGAAGGUGCUCCAUUCUCAGACAAACUUAACCACCUAGAGCUUUCUGAUAAGUGCCUUGUUUUCCGAUAGAUAGGAAUCGUCUGUCAAUACGCUUUUAAUUCGUGUCUUUCCCCUCAGGGCUAUACUUAUGACAGUAUUUUUGGGACACUAUUUUAAAAAAUAGGUUAUGUAAUUUCACAAACUGAAAUUGACUGUUGCAAUAAACUGUUGUAGAUGUUUUCAGUAGUCGUCCCUCUAUAAAAGAACGGCUCUUCAAAUAAGAGUUUUUUAUUUUUGAACAGUUACAAUGAAAAAUAUAUAUAAGUAUUAAAGCUCUAAAUUAAAAAAUAUUUGAUGCUGUGAUUAGUAUUAAGGUUAAAUUAAUAUAUUGAAGGUAUUAAUCUUAUCGCAAAGUUAAUACAUAUCUCAUUACAUUUAGAUUUCUGUAAGUGUUCAAUUUUCUUUUAAAAUAAAUAUUUGUAGUCACCACCUGUGAUUUCUUUACUGUUUAGUGGCUAUACUUUAAGUUAUUGUGUUUUUGAAUUGUCUAUUUGUACUUUUCAUAUUCAUAUUUGGAUGUUACACUGGUAUAAUAUUAUGGAACUAAUAAAGUGUUGACAUUCA